AUGGUCAAAUUCAGUUUUCCCAUGCCCUUCAGGGGUCUUUUGCUCGCCCUCAGCGCCAACCGGGUCAUCCAAGCUGGCUUCCUUGACGACGACUGCGGUUUCAUCAACGAGGGACCGCAGUUUACCUUGCGCGGCGACGGCUCCAUCACGACCUACUGCAACGACAAGUUCUGCAGCACCGUGGGGUUCACCGUCCUCAAUCUGAACGACUGCAUCGCCAAUGUGGUCGGCGAUCUCAGGCCCAAGGCCGAUGGCGAAAGGGGCAACUUUUGGAAGAGCUGCAAGGACUGUUACAUAGAGGGAAGCCACAUCAAGUGCCAGUGCUCGAGACUCGACGGUAGCUUCAAAGAGUCCUCUCUCGACGUCAACAGCAUCGUCUUCAACUGGAACGGAUAUCUGGCCUGCCACAGCCAGAUCUCGAACUGCUACCCGAUGACUUGGCAGUGCAUGCCCGACAACUGGUGGCCCGAGGGAUGGCGUCCGACGGUCGUCGACACCCCGUGCGACAUCUGGCAGGCCGCCACGAUGACGCCGCCAAACCUGACGUUGCCGCCGAGGUUGAAGCUGGCGAGCAACCUGCUGCCUGAACGAACGGAAUAG